AUGUCCGACCAUAACAACACUGAAGUGGACGCCAGCCAUAUCCCCGACGCCGCAAAAAAAGCUGCCCAAGAGCUGCGCGACGAAGCUCAGGAUCUAAGAGAAGAGGCUGAUAAGGAGUUCGAGGAGUUGAGAGACGAUGGCACCUUCGAGAAGUACAAGAAGAACGUUGUGGCGUUUUUGCGCGCGGCCUCAGAGCGCGUGGCGGCGACUGGGGCGUGCUGGACCUCGUGUGCCCAGAAGACUGGCUCUUCUGUGCUCAGCGAGCUGCAGAACCCUGUCGUGAUCGCCAACGUUGCCCUAGGCGCCGGUCUCGUGUCGUCACUUUUGCGGGGUUACGCCAAGCAUCACACCAGAUACCUCAAGGGCAAGUCGGAUGCUGUGAUCAUCUCCACGGUUGGGGGUGCCGCUGCAUUCUUGGCGCUCGAUGCGUUUUUGUCCCUCAAGUACUACCCCAAGUUCGACAAGAAGAAGUUGUAA